GGCGGCGGGCAGGCGUGGGGGAGGAGAGAGCAGCUCCGCUCUCAGAAGCGGUUUGUCUUUGAAAAGCCAUCAGAGGUGGAACGCAGAGUUCCAGAGGCUGGCGUGAUAGACAAGCCCGGUGUGUAUGAGCUCAGCAAAGGACCAACAGGUGUUUCUAGGAUUCAUUUGGUUCCUGGCUUCAUUGACUCGGAACAGGCAGACUGGAUGUUUGAACAACUCCUCCAAGACAUACCAUGGGGUCAGAGAACUCACACCAGGCAGGAAGGAUCUUUUGAGGAGCCACGGCUUACCUCCUGGUAUGGGGAACUUCCCUACACUUACUCCAGGAUAACAAUGCAGCCAAACCCACAUUGGCAUCCUGUGCUGACCAUGCUAAAGGAGCACAUAGAGGAGUUCACUGGCCAUACCUUCAACUCCCUUCUCUGCAACCUGUACCGAAAUGAGAAGGAUAGUGUGGACUGGCACAGUGAUGAUGAGCCAUCACUGGGAAAAAAUCCCGUCAUUGCCUCGCUCAGCUUUGGUGCCACCCGGAUCUUUGAGAUGAGGAAGAAACCCUCCCCUGAAGAUAAUGGAGACUAUACUUAUGUAGAGAGGCUAAGAAUCCCGCUUGAUCAUGGGACUCUGCUGAUGAUGGAAGGAGCUACCCAGGAGGACUGGCAGCAUCGAGUACCCAAGGAGUACCAUUCCAGAAAUGCACGUAUCAACUUGACUUUUAGGAUCAUUUAUCCGGAACCUGAUGGAGCUUGGAAGUGAAGAGGCACUUUGGGCAUUGUUGAAUAUGAAUCACAGGAGGCCAAGAGCCUCAGAUUCAAAAGAAGCCUCCAGGAAGGAGUUCUGAGAAAUGUCUGAUGGGGAAGAGAACUGAUGUCAUGAAGAUCUUCGACAAUCAGAAGUUACCUGUUAUGCAAGCUGUGCUGUUUUGUUUUCAGAAGUGGUGUGCUUUCAGGUGAUGUUAAAUCAUACACUUGGUUUGCAAAAGAAUAAUUAUUCUUAAAAGAACAUGGAAGCUCUGAGAGGUACUGACCAGAGCAGUCAGCAGCUCAGAAUUGGCUCUAGGUUGCUGUACCAGAGUUUGCCUGGCCUACCUGUUGUUAGGAGCCAGUAAGCUGUGAUUGCUUACCUCGAUGUUAAGCCAGGUACACUGUGUGCAUGGUUCUUGCUGCAGCUGAAUGGAACCCGCUGCACUGAACUAGAACAUUGGUUUGGUGUGUCUUCAUUCUGUUUCAAGUAGAAUCCAAGCACGAGUAAAUACUUAAUGCUGUGUAACAUAUUAGAAAACCUCUUCAGUGCAAGAGUAAGUUGGUGUUAGAAAGAUGUCUGUCUUCUCUUAACCAACAUUUUCUGUAGUUUAAAUUUGUUACUUAACAGGAGUGGUCAGAUUGUCAAUAUUCAGUUAUGCCCAAAUGUUAAGGUGUCGAUGACCUACAGGACAGGCUGUUGAGCUCUUUAAUUCCUGUGCAUCAGCUAAAUUUAUUAACUUCUUUAUCUAAAUUACCAAACAGCUUUAGAUAUAGCUUAUUCUUCUAAAAGGAAUGAAUGUUGUUAGAAAACCUUCUUCGUUAUCUAAUAAUAAUAACCUUCUUCAUCCCAGUUCCUAUAGAAAUAUGUUUUUGGAAAUAUAUUUUCAAUCUGAUGUUAAUUCCUUCAAUUUGAAUCUAAGUUCUAGGCUCUGUGAUGCACGUCCUGAGAACGAGCAUUGAAGCAGGUGGCCAUUUCCUUUAAUGUUUGUUUUGUUCAGGUAACUGAUAUUUUGUUUAUUAUCCCAUAUGCAUGCCCAGUUCUGGCAGUUCUUAGAGUGUUUUCCCUUAAGCAAGGAGCUCUGCAGACUUCUCCAGGUAUUCUGACAAGGCAACAUUUUAGCAUCUGUCAGCUCAGACAAGCUACAUUUGUUCACACUGUGUUACCUGUAGUCAUGCUGCUUGAGCGAGUAGGAGGCGGGGACUACUGGGAGCCUUUAAAUCCCCAAACUUCAGCCUAUGGAAAUGGCAAUUGGUUUUAAUUCAAUGAAGCCCUGGUGCGUGACUGAUGGCAGGGCUGUGCUGAGGAAAAACAGUUUUUUGCUUACUUUCUUAGCCUCAAUUUACAGUGUUAGCAAAUUGUAGUUUAGUUUAUUUGCUCUGAGCUGUGAGAAGACAAAGAUUUACCCCAAAAUAAAACAAUUUACAAGAGAA